AUGAACAUCACUGGCAUGGAACACUUUCAGGCAGAGGUUAGCAAUGGUAACUCUACACCUGGCAUAAAUGCAACAUUGGAAUGGAGAGAUGGAGCAACAGGAAAGCUAACAGAUCUAGUCAUAAGUGUCACUUCUAUCAUUAUUUUGUUCAUCACAAUGAUAUCUCUGGGCUGCACAAUGGAAAUAUCAAGGAUCAAGGAAUAUAUCUUAAAGCCAAAAGCGGUUCUGAUUGCAUUGUUUUCACAGUAUGGAAUUAUGCCUUUAACAGCCUUUAGCCUUGCGAGGAUUUUCAGACUGUCUUCCAUCGAAGCUAUCUCUGUCCUGAUUUGUGGAUGCUGCCCUGGUGGAACACUUUCCAAUAUCUUCUCACUAGCAGUGGACGGAGAUAUGAAUCUCAGUAUUGUGAUGACCACAUGCUCUACAACGUUGGCACUUGGCAUGAUGCCCCUCCUUCUUUAUCUCUAUUGCAAGGGCCUGUCAUUGGUUAAUAAAGUGCCAUACAGAAAGAUUGUUCUAACCCUCAUCUCAACACUCAUUCCUUGCAGCAUUGGCAUCUUUCUGAAUCACAGGUAUCCAAAGUAUUCAAAGAUCAUAACCAAGACUGGCCUGUUCAUUUUUCUCAUUGCUGCAAUAGUAAUUGUCAUCUUGUCAGUAACAUUGAUUGGGGCUACUUUGUGGACUAUUUUCAUCCCUCGCCUCAUUGUCACCACAGCACUGAUGCCUGUUGUUGGAUUCACUUUAGGAUAUGCCCUUUCAAGUUUAUGCAGAUUAUCUAAAAGGUGCACACGGACAGUUUCUAUGGAAACUGGGUUCCAAAACAUUCAGCUCUGUUCCACCAUCCUGAAAGUUACUUUCUCUCAAGAGGAGAUUGGUGCACUUUAUUUAUUUCCAAUAAUCUUCUUGGUAUUUCAGCUUACAGAAGCAUUAGUUCUUGUAAUGAUCUACCGAACUUAUGAAAGAAUAAAGAAACAUAAACAAAAUGCUCUGCUUAUUGCCAAGAGGUGCAGUAAGUGGGGCUACUCUCUCAAAUUCCAGCAAGCCAGUUGA